AUUUAUACAGAGCAUUUUCCCCUCUGCCUUUCAAUUCAAUGGCGUCCUCGGCUCACAAGCAACCAGAAUACCCACCGAACUUAUACGGUGCCACCGUGGCGCCACCACCAACACCCUCUACACAACCAAACCACCACCUUGCUUCUUCAGCUGCCACAGCGGACGCGCUUUCUUGUCUUCUCCACCGCCUCCCUCCUGCUCUGUCUCUCCCCACUCGUCGCUCUCCGUCAACCCCGUCCCUUCCCGCUAUCUCCCUCUCAGAGCCGAAGCUUACCGAUCUUAUACUCUCCUCUGCUUCACAACUCGGGUUUUUCCAGCUUUGCAACCAUGACAUACCGUCGCAACUGGCUGCCUCAGCCGAGACCGAGUCAUUGUCUCUGUUUAAGCUCACUUUAGACCAAAAAGAAUCAAACUUUCCCAAAAACUGGCCUCUUGGUUUUGAUGUCGACGAUGAAGAUGACAGAAAUGGAGGUGGGUGUCAGUCCUUUUGCUUGGAUGCUUCGUGCUUAACUGAGUCAUCAAUGGAUUUGAAACUCGGUUCUCUGCUUGCUUUCACCCGGGCUUUAGAAAAACUGGGUUUGAAGAUCAUUGAUCUGUUGGCAAAUGCGGUUGGAUUCGAGAACCCGGUUGGGGAGGAUACGACAAAGUUUAGCUCCUUGAUGUGGUUAUCAAAAGGUCAGGGUUACGAUGAAACGGUAAUGCCGGGUGGGUUUUACCCGUAUGUAGUCGGGUUGCAGUAUCAAAUCCGGUGCCGGAAGUACUCAUUGCUGGGGGACUCUGGUUGGAUUUCGGUGUCCCCACAAGUGGACUCAGUCAUGGUUACAAUUGGUGACAUUGCUCAAGUUUGGAGCAAUGGGAAGAUGAAGAAAGUGAGAGGAAGACCAGUGGCAUGUUUAGGAGACGAAGGCAAAUCCAGCCGGUGCAUAUCAAUGUCGCUAGUGGUGACACUGCCUCAGGACUCUAGGAUCUCUCCUCUUCUGCCUAAGGACGAAGAAGGAAAUGUGGAAGAAGAAGAUCAAGCCUAUAGGAAGAACACACAAAAGAAAAUGUUCAAUUCAUUUCCCUUGGAGGAGUAUGCAUGGAGAGUAUAUCACCAACGUCUCCCCCUCAAAGACCCACUUGAUCGAUACCGCAUUUAGAUUUUGGAUAAAUUAUAAACUUCCUUUAAAGUUACUGUUUUUUUCCCUCAUCAACUGCUAAAUGUUGAGACCUUUUGUUCUAGAUAAAAUGUGAAUUCUACUUAUCUUGAGCUUGUCAAUUUCAAUAAAAGCAGCUAUGUUGC